AUGGAUCAGAUGAUGGGCGACGGGGGUCGCUUCCCUCUGGAGACGUGGUUCUGGGAAAUGCCCAUCUGCACGAGAUGGUGGACGACCGCCACAGUCCUCACAAGUGCUUUAGUGCAGUGCCAAAUGGUCACUCCGUUCCAGCUGUUCUACAGCUUCCGCGCAGUCUUUGCCAAGUCACAGUACUGGCGUUUGCUGACUACCUUCCUCUACUUCGGUCCCUUCUCCCUCGAUCUCCUCUUCCACGUCUACUUCCUACAACGCUAUGCCCGACUACUCGAAGAAUCAUCGGGUCGUUCGCCCGCCCACUUCUCCUGGCUGCUCGUCUACGCCAUGACAAGCCUGCUGCUCUUGUCACCCCUGGUCUCAAUGCCAUUCCUAGGACAUCCCCUUUCAUCCACACUGGUUUACAUUUGGUCGCGAAGAAAUCCGGACACGAGACUGAGCUUCCUAGGCUUGCUGGUUUUCACUGCCCCUUACCUUCCGUGGGUUCUGAUGGCCUUCAGCCUGAUCCUGCAUGGCUCCAUUCCCAAGGAUGAAAUCAUGGGUGUCGUCAUUGGCCACAUCUGGUACUUCUUCUCUGAUGUUUACCCGCCAUUGCAUAACGGUUCGCGGCCGUUUGAUCCCCCCAGCUGGUGGAGACGGCUGUUCGAACGACGGGUAAUGGACGAGACUGCGGAUGGCAUCAACAACGACAUUGUUGUUGCCGGGGGACCAGAGCUUGCCCCAGAGGUCCGAUGA